AUGGAAAUGAGCACACAAUCUGAUUUUACUGAAAAUACAUCUGAACUGAAGGUGCCAUCUACAAAUCGAUUUCCAUCUAAUGGGAUCCAAAGCAGCUACGACUUACCUGUAUACGGUCUUGAAAAUGGCGACUUUUAUUCGCUCCAUAUUCCUGCAAUAACUUGCAUCUUUCUCAGCUUUGUAUCAGUUUUAGCCGUCAUUGUUGCAUCUUUUAAAACAAGAAGCAUGACAUUUUUUUCGUGGACCAAGAGCGAACGAUUAGUUGUAUAUCUGGCUCUUUGCGAUGGACUUUUCAACAUCUCGCAUGCUUUGGACCAUACUCAAAUGAUUGUGACCAAAAAUCAUGUUUACCCGAAGGAAUUGUGUACUUUCUAUGCUUUUAUGUUGAUGGAGUUUGUCACUGCCCAAAACCUCAUGGUUAGCGCUGUUGCACUUAAUGUCUUCAUUUUGAUUUAUUUUUCGAAGGAUCUGAAUUUUGGUAAAUAUGAUUGGCGCCUUCUUGUGUACACUUUCGGUAUUCCUUGCGUUGGAGGAACUUUAGCUGCAAUCUUUGACAAGCUUGGACCUAAUGGUUACUCGUGCUAUCUUGACAUAGUGAAAGGAGGAGUAACCAUUUUCUUCUACACCACCGCCCCGUUAUUAGCUGUUCUGAUAACAAACAUCAUCCUCUAUGGUCUGACGUGGAAGCGGAUCAGAAGCGAGUCACGGCGCCUACAAAACACGCUGGGACAGGAGGUCGCUACCAAACGAGCUGCAAUUAAAGCUGGAAAAACCAUGAUGCUUUUUGUCACUGUCUUCUUCAUUCAAUGGUGGUCCCUGUCUCUCUACGGAAUAUGGCAAUUGAUUGCUCCAGUUCCUUUGGCGUUGUUCCAGCUUAUGACUACGUUUUCAAACCUUGGAGGGGUUUUGAACGGAAUUGUUUAUAUCAUUAUCAGAAGACGGAGGGCUAAAGCUAAGCCAACGAAAACGACAAAGAUGAAAAAAUUUCAAGGCAUUGCGACUAAUUGUGACGGAGUGAAGGAUUCAACUACUUAA